UUCAUCUAAAAUGCGAUGUAAAAAGAAUCGCUCGUGGUCAUAAUGGUAUUGUCUCAUAAGCCGCUUAAUUGGAAAGUAAAGUAAGGCAGGAUAUUUAGUUAGGUUUUCUUUUACUGUACUUCUUUAGGAUGUAUGUUGGAAAUCAGGCACACCAUUGAUUAGCGUGAUACAAUUUUGCUAAAAUGAUUUGAUUAAAUUGGAUAUACGUAUUGGAAAAUUAUCUGUUGAUUGUAGUAGAAAAUGGGAAAUUGCAACUGCAGGAAGAAACAAAUUAUUGAUGAAAAGGAAGAUACAGGUAAUGCAUCACAAGAAGAAACAAAUGGUGAUGACAAUUUAAAGGACGACGCAUAUGGGAAACUUGUUACAUGGAUAAUAGAUAUGGCGGAUACGGAUUGCACUGGAAAAGCGCUUAUGCAAGAUAUGCUUGAUGGAGAAACGGUUUUACAUAAUACUGGUACUGACUCGGACACAUCAAGAUCUCUUAACUUGUCAAGUCAGCAGGCUUCAAUUGAUUCUGUAGGCAGUGGUUCUGAAAAUAUGUCUUGGAAAUCGUCUAUUAGUCCCGAUUCAAGGUCAAUAUGCACGAUACCGGAAACUCGGUACCUAGGUCGUGCACAGUCAGAAGACAUUGAAUCAGUUAGGCCAAAACAACGAGGUGUUUUUCAAAAGCAAAUUUCGGUCGCGUGUGAUUCAAGAACAGCCCCAAAAGCCUUAAACAGGGACAAAUCGCUUGAAUUUAGUAAACCAAAGGAAUUGAAUAAAUCUCUUGAUAUACAUAAAUCUUCAGAAAUAAGCAAAUCAAUGAAAUCUCUAAAAUCUCCUAGGGAUGUGAAGGAUAUAGAACCUAACUUAAAAAUGAAGGAAACCGAGUUAUUGAAAGCACGAUAUCAAAAUAUUAUGUCGAAAAAAGAACAAAAUACACUUAUUAAACAAAGCUCUGAACCAGAAUCGUUCAGAAACAAAUUGCAACCAAGACAAAAGCUAGGCGUAGGGACUAAAUCAUUUGAUAAUUUUUUGGAUGUCCCCAAGCCAUUUUCACAGACAUACACAAGACAGUCAAGCGACGAAAGCUCAUCUGGCAAGAAAGACUAUUUAUCAGCAUCUUCUAAAUCAUUUGACAGCGAUUCUGCACGAUGCAUAUCAACUAGUCCUCGAGCAAAAGGUAAAAGAACAAUUAGUGACGAAGGAUUCCGAAAGAAAGAGAAAUAUCGAAUGAGCAUUCGAAACAAGCCUGUCAAAUCUUUCGACAUUUUCCUCGAUGACAGUGUCAAAUCGUCAAAGAAUUCAAUGAGCCGACAAACCACAAUUAGCAUCGAAGAUGAAGAUGGAGUCAUAAUUGAAAAUAUUCACCAGAAUAGUGACGAGGAAAUGAUUCCUUUAAGACCAUUGUCGGUUGAAAGUGAUAACGCCGGAAAAUUUGAUGUCAGUUUUGAAUCAUCAAAAAAUCAACAAAACAAACAUACUCCUUUAGGAAUUUUGAGUCGAAGUCUCGGGAAUAUAAAAGAGAAGACUUCAAAAUUAAAGUCACUUGUACGACGAAAGAGCAGCAGUCUAAUGACAAUUAAAGCUUCAGAGAACGAGGACGAUAAGACUGAAGCAAUGAAAGCAGUCUCAAAUGAAGAGGUCAUUUUAAACGAUACACUACUUGAUGGCAAUAUUAACGAUAUUCUCUUCGCAAUUGAUACAUUAUGGCCAACAAAAUGAUUAUAUCAAACCUUUAUAAGUUGUUUUACAAUAUAAUUUUUAUUUUUA